AUGACAAUCAAAACACCCCUAAAUGUCCAAUCCUUUCCCCGCCCACCCCUGCUCGAGCGUACCCCGCGGCAUCUCCAAGUGAAAUACAAGGGGCAAGUAAUAGCAGAUACCACAGAAGCGUAUUGGGUUUUGGAAACAUACCACGCACCAAUUUACUCACUAAUACAAACACAAGCAUACUACCUGCCACCCUCAUCCCUUUCCAUUCCCCUAACCAAAACACGCAAGUCAACAUACUGCGAAUGGAAAGGCUGGGCGACAUAUUACUCGCUCUCCAUACCUCAAUCAUCAGAAACGGUAGAAGACAGAAUCUGGAGCUAUGAUCAGCCAGCGGAAGGAUACCAGGCCAUCAAGGGGUAUUUGAGCUUUUAUGCAGGUCCAUGGCAGUGUUUUGUGGAUGGCGAAGAAGUGCAGCCCCAACCGGGAGACUUCUAUGGGGGGUGGGUUACGGAGGAGUUGGAGGGUCUGAUCAAAGGGAGUAAACAGACGAGGCACUUGUAG